CUCACGGAUUUCAUUUGCCGCCUUGGCGGAGCAAGAGCUGGCGGCAAUGGCUCGCUGGAUUUCCUCGAUGACCCGUUUCGUUUCGGCCAGACUCUUGGUGAACUCGUCCAGGAGCUGCUUCUUACCGUUGAGAGCCGCCUCCGCUGCCUUGGCAGCUUGCAGUGCCCGAUCCGCCAGCAUGGCCUUAGCUCUCUGACCCGCCACCUCCGCGGCACUUGGCUGUGCAUCCUUGGCGUCCUUGGCAUCCUUGGCCGCCUUCGAGGCCAUCUGGCUGGCCUUCACGUUCGUCUUGCAGAAGCCGGCAGCCGGCUUGAAGCGCGGAUCGUUCCGGUGGGCAGAUUCCGCAGUGCUCAUCAGCAGGAUGUUCACCAGAAGCAGCAUCGUAACCAGGGACUCGUAACGCAUCGGAAAUCUCGCAUCUUACAUAAAUCUCAAGGCUCAUAAGGAAAACGAAAUGUAGAUAUUUUUGUGAUGUUGAUGUGACAGACGAAGAAUUCAAUAUUGUGAUUUAACAUGACUUAUAUUUCCAUAUGCUUAAAAAGCACAAAAUGGUAAAUUUAAAAGUUAUUUUUAGAACUUUUGAAUCUACUGAUAUAAGCAUUAUUUGAUUUAAAUAUCCCUUAUACGACAUGUGUUCCAGUAUUCGGUUUCCUCUUCCCAAAAGUGCUUCAAAAAGUGCUUAAAAUUUGUCCACGUAGUAUAUGGACGGCCCCUAACUACAGUUGGCAUUUCAUUGACAGUCUUAUUUGAAAAUAUAUUUAUCAAUAGCAGUUUCCGAAAUCCCUCCCUAUUGAAGCAUAUAUCACUUUUCCGAAGCUGAACAUGGAAUUGAAACCUACGGUUAUCCUAAUUGUCCUUUUACUCGCGGGCCUUUCAAAAGGCUAUAAGAUGGCGCAGUCCUCCAAUGAGAUGGUGGGCCUGAUCUCGGAUCAUCAGGGCGGCGGAGACAAUUGUCCUUCGUCAUCCUCGGAAGGUGCCAAGUGCGGCAUCAAGAUGGACGGCAAGACGAAGAUAAAAGCCUCCAGCAUUGCCCAGAAAGCGGCCAAGGAGGCCAAGGACGCAUCCGAUGCCCAGAUGGAGGCAGGCGAGGCGGCAGCUCGUCAGGUGAAACAGCAAUUGGCCGACAAGGCACUUGCCGCUGCCAAGGCGGCAGAAGCAGCUCUGGCCGGGAAGCAACAGAUCGUGGAGCAACUAGAGUCCGAGGUGAAGGAGGGAGAACUGGUGGUGCAGGAGGAGAGCACUCUAUUGCAGACCACCCAGACCACCUGUGCCGCCGCGGGACAGGCUUCCAAACAGGCGGCGGAGCAACUGAAGACCAUCACACAGGCGGUGAAGAAUGCCCAGGACAACGUGGUCAAUGCAGAGCACGUGGCCAGUGGAGCCCAACAGGAGCUGGGUGAGAAGCAGCAGCUUGUGGACGCGGCGAAGAAGCGGGUGGAGCUGCUACUCCGUCAACUGGAGGUGGCUAGGGCGGAUUUCAAGAACACUAAGAAUGCCGCAGAGAAGGCAGCCUGUGCCGCUCAGGAGGCCAGGCAAAGGGCCACGCGGGAGCGCCGCAGGGCAGAAUUGAGGCACCGACUGCGCCUCAAGAGGGGACACAACCACUUGGAUCAUUAAUGUUUAUAUUUU